UAGAGGGCGAGGGAGAGGGAGAGGGAGAGGGAGAGGGAGUGAUCGAUCGUUGGUGUUUUCAGAUAGAUCAAUCAGGGAUUUGGGCUGGGUUUGGCUUGAGGAUUCUUCUUCCUGUCGUGUUUUAUUUUUUCGUCGAGAGGAUGAAGUCUUCGCUGAGACGAUUAAGGGGUCUCGGUUUCCACAAGAAGAGGAGGGAGGAAGGUUUAGUAGCGCAUCAGGACGAGCUCCUCAGAGCCGCCGAGGAUAUUCAUGGCAUUAGGAGCUUCUAUGACAGCUUACUGUCUGCAGCAGCAGUUGCAACAAAUAGUGCAUACGAAUUCUCAGAAGCCCUUGGGGAGUAUGGCACUUGUCUGCUUGAGAAAACUGCGCUUAAUGAUGAUGAAACAAGUGGUAAAGCUUUGUCAAUGCUUGGGAAAGCACAGCUUGAACUUCAAAAAAUUGCUAAUAUCUAUAGGGCCCAUGUUGUCCAGACUAUCACAACUCCAUCAGAAUCUCUUCUCAAGGAACUGCACAUUGUAGAGGAAAUGAAACGUCAAUGUGAUGAUAAAAGAGACAUUUAUAAGUUAAUGUUAACCUCACAAAGAGAAAGUGGAAGGUCAAAAAAUGCAAAAGGUGAAAGUUUCUCCCUACAGCAGUUGCAGGCAGCUCAAAAUGAUUAUGAAGAGGAGGCAACUCUUUUUCUCUUUCGCUUGAAAUCAUUAAAGCAAGGACAAUCUCGGAGUCUCUUGACUCAAGCUGCAAGGCACUAUGCAUCACAGUUGAACUUCUUCCGGAGAGGAGUUAAAUCUCUUGAAGUUCUUGAGUCGUGUGUCAAAGCUAUAGCUGAGAAACAACACAUUGACUAUCAGUUUAGUGGACUGGUGGAUGAUCAAUUGGAAGAAUAUGCUGAUCAUGAAUGCAAUCCUAAUGACAAUGAUGGAGAGUUGAGUUUUGAUUAUGAACAUCACAAUCAACAUCGUGACGUCAGUUCUUUUUCUAGAAACUCAAUUGAGGAAAAUUUAGAGAGAGCUCAAGACAAUUAUCUUGGAAGCAACAAUCCAAGAGUUUCCAGUAUAUCGGCACCUCUUUUCUCCACUAAAGCAAGUAAACCAUCUGAAAGGAUAACUCAGAUCUAUCCUUCAGCAAAGACAGCCUACACAUAUGCUCUACCUACUCCUCUGGAUGUUAGGAGCUCAACCUCAACUAGUUCAGGCAAUUCACUCUAUGGGACUUUGUCAGAAUCUAAAGGUGGUCGGACAACGCAACACUGGCAUUCAUCCCCUUUGCCGCCAAAUAUGAUCGGCAAAGACAGCCAAGAUGUUGAGCUUCCAAGCCCUACCAGUUUUUCUAGAGAGCCUUCAGUGCUCAAAGAGAGCAACAGUAUUAGUAACCCAACCAGAAUGCCAUCUACUAUCAGCAAAGGAGUGUUAUCUAAGUUGAUUCCAAUGAAUGAAUUUGAUUCAAAACUAAGUGAGACACAAACUUUUUCAGUUCCAUUGACUAGCAAACCAUUAUCAAGCAAACAAGCUCUCUUUGCAUCCAAGUCCAUGUCAUCAAUGGAAGUGCUUCCUGAAGUAUUUGCAAAACCCAAAAAUAUUUCAACACCUAAGCUAUCUGUACCACGGAAAGGUUUUCCAAAUGCCUCUUCUCCACUAACAUCACCGAGAAUAAAUGAGCUUCAUGAACUUCCAAGGCCUCCGACUGAUUAUGCAAAACAUAGAUCAUCCACUUCGAUUGGUCAUUCAGCUCCUCUGGUAUCUAGAGGUCAAGAGGUUUGUGCAACAAGCAAACCAACAUCCUUUUUGUCAUACACAGCAGCACCACUGCCCAAACCCCCUGGUGUUAUGGCUCGCAGCUUUUCUAUUCCAUCUACUGUUCAAAAAUCUAAUUCAAAGGUUGCUAAGCCGUUGGAUCUUCCACAUAGUCAAAAGACAAUUACACACACUUCAUCUACUCAUACACCUUUGGUAAAUGAUGAAUUAGCCUGAGCUUCAGUCAGAGUAGUUGCACCUACAAAACUAAAGAGGUGUAAAGGUGGCAGUUCUCUAAGAAAUUCACCAGGAGUUCGUGUUUUUGAUUUCAGAAAAAAUGCCUCACUAAUUGGGGAAAUUUUAGUCCUUUUUAUAUCUCCAGUAUGACCAGGCCUCUCAGGCGAAGCAAGGGACAAAUUUUUCAAUGACUUGUUCUGCUUGAUGUGCUUGCAUUUUUCACCGUGAAGCAAGGGAUGCCAUGUGUCCUUGCAACGAAGACAUGUAGAGUCUCACACCAGGAACUUUGAGCGCCAUUAGAGGCUUGUCAGGCCCAUGCUUGUAGUGUCUUGUACUGCUCAAGUCGAUAGAUGUGUUCCUCACUUUGGUGAUGUACCUAAAGUAGUGGCUAAUCUCGCCGUGCGUGUUUUUGACUAACGCGGUUGAGAAUCUGUUAACAGUUGUCUUCUGGCAACUUCAUGAGUUCAUAUUUGCAACUGCAGUGCUAUGUCAAGGAAAAUGUUGGAUGUUCCUAGUUGUUAAUAUCCUUUUUGUUAAUA